AUGGAUACGAUCAGUUUCUACGAAGUCAGCGAGGAGGAGUUUGAUCGCAAGCUCGCGCAGUUUAGGGCUGGGAAUUACCGGGUUGAGAUGGAGCAGGGAGUGUUUGAUAUGGCUCUACAUAAUGAGCUUCUGAGAAAAACUUUGGGUGAGGCCGAAGGUAUUCAGAAGAAUCGGGCGGUAUCGCAGAAAAAAAUGGCUGAGCUGGAGGAUCGUUUGGAUGAGAUACGAUCUUCACUUGAAGAUCCUAUGGUUGAAGCUAUUGAGGCGGCUGUUAAUGCUAAUGUAUGGAAGGUUUUGGUUCAGGAGGGUGAUGUACUGCAGGCAGACACAUUUACGUGCAUUCUUGAGGCUUUGAAGAUGGAGAUCAAUGUGCACACAGAGCCUCAUUUGGCUGGAAUGAUUGUCAUCAGGGUGUUGGUCAAGCCUGGGGAUACUAUAGAGAGCGGAAACCCGGUAGUUCUGGCCAGGAAAGCCAAGGUUUAA